UGGACGCGUGUUCGUGGCGCGGGUGCGCGGAGGUCAUGGAUCACGCGGGGCACCUCCAGCAGCACACGCACGCGCAGGAGCCCAUCACCUUCGGCAUCGAGCACAUCUUGAGCGCCGGCGAGCACAUGCUGGCCACGAGGAUGCACGAGCCGGAUUACUCUCACCUGUACACGUGCGGCGGCGGCGGCGGCGGCCUCGGCCUCGGCGACGCCGCCGGCGGCGGCUUCCCGUGCGGGAGCGCUCACGGCAACCCUUACCACGUGAGCACCGGCGUCUGCGCCAACGGGGCCGACGUCAACCCCGCGGGGGUCAUCCGCGUGCCCGCGCACAGACCCGUGAGCGGCGGGAGUUUGCCGCCCGUGACCGGAAGCGUCAACAACCUUGGCGCGCUCACCUUCCCGUGGAUGGAAACCAACAGAAGAUACACCAAAGACACCUUCACGGUGUGCGUGUCGCCUCGCGCGGCGCCGCGUCGCGUGGGCCAUCCGUACCAGAACCGGACUCCGGCCAAGAAGAAGAAGCCUCGGACUUCGUUCAGUCGGCUGCAGAUCUGCGAGCUGGAGAAACGCUUCCACCGCCAGAAGUACCUGUCCUCCGCCGAGAGGAGCGUCCUGGCCAAGGCCCUGAAGAUGAGCGACGCUCAGGUCAAGACCUGGUUCCAGAACAGACGCACCAAGUGGAGGAGGCAGACGGCGGAGGAGAGAGAGGCCGAGAGGCAGCAGGCCAACCGCAUCCUGAUGCAGCUUCAGCAGGAAGCCUUCCAGAAGUCCGUCAAGCAGCCGCUGACCCCAGAUCGGCUGUGCCUGCAGAACACGUCCCUGUUCGCCCUGCACAACCUGCAGCCUUGGAGCGAAAGCACCGGCAAGAUGAGCGGCGUGUCGGCCUGCGAGUAGCGACACAAACGCGGCCUGCUCGGCCGGUACCGGCUCCUCUGGCUCGGAAGGCCUCGCGGUACGCUCCGGUACGCUCCGGUACGCUGCGGUCCUUCUUAUGUUGGUCGAGUCGUGGACUUGUAGAUAGUUUGUCAUUCCAAACGCGAACAAAUGACAUUUGGAUUAAAAAAACGUCUCAACUUUCACCUGUCAGCAUAUUGGCAGACUAAAAUAAAUAAUAUGGUUAUUAUAUUUAACAUUUGGCUUUCAUAACACAUUUUAUGUUUCCGAUUCAAAAGUAAUAAAUCUAUAAUAACGAUUUUUUUUGGAAAACCAUGAAUUGUAUUUUAAGCAUUCAAACUACAUUUAUUGAAGAGCUGAUUUUUUUUUUAAAUAAAAAAAACAUCAAUUUGUUAUGUACAGGCGACAGUAGGUUGCUGUAUUAUUAUGAUGUGUAAAAAUGACAGGUGUUACACAGUGUAUGAUAUACAGUAUAAAUA